AUGCCACAACAACAACAACAACAACAACAACCACGAUCGCCUCAACAGCCCCAGUUUUUUCAACAACAACAACAACAUUCUCCCAACAUGUCUGCUGGCUCUUCACAAUCGCCUCAGUUGCAUUACAUGUUCGGGCUUCCCUCACAGUCUCCUCCUAUAUUUUUUUUGGAUGCCGCUGGAGGAUCUCAGACACAACCUAUGGUUGGUAAUAUUGGAGGCUCAUCCCAACAACCAUACCCGGUGUACGGUCAAUUUGGGUCAUUGUUGCAGCAACAACCUGUGUAUGGUCAAAUGGGAGGAUCUCCACAACAGCCUAUGUAUGGAGGCUUUUUCACUGCUCAGAGUCAGCAACAACAGCAACAACCAAUUUUGGUUCGCCCGCACCCUCGACAAUAUGUGGAGAUCUUACCUACGUCGCAGACUGGACAAUUUUAUUACCCUGCCCCGCCUGCUCAAUCCCGUGAGAAUAUUGAUGGUUCAAGACUUAGCUCGAAUGCAGAUGAAUUUUUAGAGUUUACUGAUUUGAACAACGAUAGUUAG